CUCUUGGUUAAUCAAGUUCGACGGCAGCUCUUCCUCUCCCUUGAAUAAACGAGUUCGAAGGCAGCCUCCUCUUCUCUCUACUAAAUUGAUUUGGAUUGCAAAGCAAGUGAUGGUGAUGUUUUUUAUGACUUGACCAAGAAAAUGCCUUCUGAUGAGAAAGCUGGUGACAAACUAUCGCACAGAACUGCUGAUACUCUUCUGUCAAAAGAGCUUGCCUCACCUCCACUUCAUGAAGUAUGUUCUAUUCACUUCCACUUCAUUUGAGGAACCAAAACUAUGUAGCAUGCCAUCUUAGUUCAUUGGUAAGAAAACACCAAAACUUGGCCAUCAAAGCCUUAGAUGACAAACCAAACGGGAAAGUUACUUCUGCGGAUAUCUUGGACAAUCCUCCUCAUGGAACCAAGGGGGAUAGUUCUGUUAGAAUGGUUCAGAGAACUGCCACAACCACAAUAUCUGUUCCUUUUUCCCCAGAAUCUUCACUUUUGAGACAGCAUCAGCUUUGUGAUGUUAUUGAAUCAAAUAAGAUCAUCAGUAGCUAUAUUCGAGCAGGUGACUUGGAUUCUGCUAUUCAUGUGUUCCAAAAUAUGGAACUCAAGACCACAAUCACGUGGAAUUCUAUGUUAGCUGGGUAUGCGAAGAAACCUGGAAAAAUUAAAGAAGCGUGUGAACUGUUUGAAAAAAUCCCUCAACCAGAUACUGUUUCCUAUAAUAUAAUGCUAGCCUGUUAUUGGCACAAUUUUGACAUUGGUAAUGCCUGUGCUUUGUUUGAUAAUAUGCCUGGGAAGGAUACUGCUUCAUGGAAUACAAUGAUAUCUGGUUAUGCUCAGAUGGGAAAAAUGAGUGAGGCGAGGGAGUUGUUUUCAGUGAUGCCGGAUAGGAACAGUGUUUCAUGGAGUGCAAUGGUAUCUGGAUAUGUUGGAUGUGGGGAUUUAGAUUCUGCAUUGGAGAUUUUCAAUUCAGCUACUAUAAAGAGUGUGGUUGCAUGGACUGCUAUGGUAACUGGGUACAUGAAGUUUGGGAGGGUUCAAUCAGCAGAAAGAUUGUUUCAAGAAAUGCCUUUGAAGAACUUGGUGACUUGGAAUGCUAUGAUUGCAGGGUAUAUUGAAAAUAACCAGGCAGAGGAUGGGUUGAAGCUCUUCAGGAAAAUGUUAGAAGCUGGAUUUAAAGCUAAUGCAUCAAGCUUGAGCAGUGUUUUAUUGGGAUGUAGUACUUUAUCUGCACUGCAAUUGGGUAAACAAGUUCAUCAGUUUAUUUGUAAAUCUCCAUUGAUUUGCGAUACUACAGUAGGAACUUCACUGAUUAGCAUGUAUUCCAAGUGUGGCGAUCUAAAUGAUGCUUGGAAGUUGUUUGUUCAGAUUCCACGACGGGAUAUCGUAACUUGGAAUGCAAUGAUUUCUGGUUAUGCUCAACAUGGAGCUGGUAAAAAAGCUCUCCAUUUGUUUGAUGAUAUGAAAAGAGAUGGCAUAAAGCCAGAUUGGAUCACUUUCAUUGCAGUAUUAUUAGCUUGUAACCAUGCAGGUUUGGCAGAUCUGGGGGUCCAUUACUUUGAAUCAAUGGCAAAGGAUUUUGGAGUUGAAGCUAAGCUAGAUCAUUACACUUGCAUGGUUGAUCUUCUUGGCCGAGCUGGAAGGUUAUCUGAGGCUGUAUACUUGAUACAGAAUAUGCCUUUUAAACCACAUUCUGCCAUCUUUGGAACACUUUUGGGUGCCUGUCGGAUCCAUAGAAACUUAGACAUAGCUGAGUUUGCGGCAAAAAAUUUGCUUGCACAUGAUCCAGCCAGCGCUGCAGGUUAUGUUCAAUUGGCUAAUAUUUAUGCGGCACAAAAUAGGUGGGACCAUGUAGCUAGAAUCCGAAGAUCCAUGAAAGAAAAUAAUGUAGUUAAGACGCCUGGAUAUAGUUGGCUUGAAGUAAACAAAGUGGUACACGAGUUCAGAUCAAACGAUAGGUUGCACCCUGAAUUGGCUUCUAUACACAAAAAACUAAAGGAAUUGGAAAGAAAAAUGAAGUUGGCUGGCUACGUGCCAGAUCUUGAAUUUGCAUUGCAUGAUGUAGGAGAGGAGCAAAAAGAACAGCUUCUUUUAUUCCACAGUGAGAAACUGGCAAUUGCAUUUGGACUCCUAAAGGUUCCACUGGGGUUUCCAAUUCGGGUAUUUAAAAACUUGAGAGUCUGUGGAGAUUGCCACUCUGCAAUUAAGUAUAUCUCGGCUAUUGAAGGAAAAGAAAUCGUUGUUAGGGAUACCACAAGGUUUCACCACUUCAAGAAUGGUUUCUGCUCCUGCAGUGAUUAUUGGUAAGCUUGUGACAUUGUUGUGCCCACAUGGUUUUAAACUUGAGGAUACAAUUUUAUUGUCACAGGCUUUCCAGUAUGCCAAUCCACUAUCUAAUUUUUUGCCUUCGCCCUUCUGGUGUUAUAUUAUGUUGGAAGGAGCAUUGACUUUAAGAAAAGGACCAGUGAGAGCGUAAGUAAUUAUGAUAACUGAGAUUCAGAGUCAAAAACUCCAUCUUUGUCUGAACUUGUAUGCGGAAUCACCUGGACCUGCAAAAGAAGUUUUUCAAACGUGUUCUGCAAUGAAAAACUGAUAUGAAAGAAAAUCAGGGUUUUUAAUACGUGAUCAGCUCAUUUUUCUUCUAGCAUGCUCCUUAGUUGAUCUCUCAUGGGGGUGAAUGCACAAGUUCUCUGAUGAAAAUUGAUGUCUGGAGAAGGAUGAUUAGUAUGGUGGAUGAUCAGUAUUCUUGCUGACAAAGACGAAUGUAAAUUAUAGAGAUUGUGAAAGUGAUAGUAUGCAACAUGCGAGCCGUAUUGCUUAAUGCUAAUUCUAUCCAUGAUUC